AUGCCUCGCCCGCCCGUCAAACGCUCGAAGCUGAACAAUUCAAACCAAGCAGCGAAACGCGCCCCGAACAACCCUCUUAGCAGCUCACCAGCGGCACGCCGUCGCCAGCUGCAUGAAAAGCUUGCCCAUAAAAGUGUCGGUCGCGUACCAGAUGAUAGCGAUGACAGUGAUGAACUAGUCGUCAAAUCCAGCACGCCACGUAACAGAAGAGGUGUUCCGCGGCAAGAGAUCUAUGCUUCUGGGGGUGUUGCGAAGGGCGAUAAGGUAGCGGCGCACAAGUCUUCUUCGCAUAAGAGGGAGCGCGUGGUCCCUGAAGAGCUAUCGAGGUCAGAAGCAAGGCUGAACGGGGUGGGCAAGAAUGCACAAGCUAAGACCCGAGGCUUGAGGCCCAUCAAUCGUCUUUCGACUUCGCAAACGGCUCGACCUACCACAAGCAAAGUGCCCACAAGCGUGAUACGCUCUCCAUCUGAAUAUGCUCCUGUGGAUGCUUCAAGAGAAGGAGGGCGAAAAUCCCCUGCCGCCGAAACUUCGAUUCUGGGACCCAUCAGGACUCGCAAAAGGCAGCCCAGUAUUUUACGAUCAAUUGAUGGACCUGAUUCAACCGUACUGGAUCCAGACCUAGAUGAUUUUCUCCCAGACGACCAAUCUACACCGCUGGACGCCUCUCGUAAGCGCAAGCUAUCUCGCUCGCCAAGGGCCUCCACACCAGUUCAAUCGCCACCACAAGCAGAUAUUCUCACAACAGGCAACAAAGAUGCAACCAAUGGAGAGCCAGACCUACCACCGCUUCUCUCAAGCGCUAUAUCGCAAAGACAACAGUCUCCCCCGGAGAUAGACAGCGACACCAUGGCGCCACCACAAAGUAGUAGCAGCGGUCCAAGCCCAGUCAAGGCGAAGACUCCCUUGCCCAGCACAACCAAGCUCAAUCACCGAAAAACCAAAGAGCCGAAGUCAUUAUCAACAGCAGCCCUCCAAGCCCUAAUGCCAACUCGACGUCAGCAGCGAGCUCGACGAGAACGAGCCGCAAAAGCAACGAGCGAUUUUGACAUCCCGGAAGACUCGAGUGACCCUCCGAACGGCGCCGCGGAGAACCAAGCGGCUGAUCCUGACGCCGAAGAGAGUUACAUUGCCAGCCCUAAACCCGCCAAAAAAGGCAAGAAAACCACGUUACACCAAACCAUGAAACUCCAGAAGACGAACAAGAUCCCAGCUCUCCACAAAUCCAAUCCCAAGAGCUCCCAAACAUCCAAAGGGAAAGAAGGAGGAGGAGCCGAAGGCGGAAGAAGUAUACAUGGCAAACCAAAAAGCCACAACUCCAGUACGCAAUCACCAUCACCUUCACCACCCACAUCUAAAUCCAUAUCUACACCCCGAGCCACGCCUCUUACUGCUGGUGCUAAGACUUCUUCUCAGCAGCAGCAACAACCAAAACAACAAGCACCACCACCACCACCACCACCACCACCACCACCACCACCUCAAUCCACAAGAGGCAAAAGCCUCAGAUCGUACUCGAAAGCCGCUCGAGAGGCCGAGCAAGGCUCGGCAGAAAAAGAGCAAGGAGACAAGGAGAACAGACCCUCGCUUUCGUCCGCCGACUCCUCCAGACGGGGAAAGGUGACGCCACGCCAAAGCCGCGGCGAAGCACUCUCUCCUGACGACACCGACGACAUCUCCAUCGAGAUCGGCCGGCCGUAUAGGAGCCGCACGCAUGCUGCUGCUAUCGAAGACGCAGACGCAGACGACGAGGGCGGAGCAGACAUCCUGAGAGAAGAACAGGCGCGACUGGCCCAGAAGUUCAAGGAGGUGGAUGAGUGGGAUCUCGAGUUCGAGGAUGUCACUAUGUUGGAUGAUGAUGAUGCGGGUGAUCCGCUUGCACGCUGA